AUGUCGUCGCUGUGGCGAUCGGCCGCGAUGGCUGUGGGGACCCGACGCAUGGCGUGGGAAGUGGCGCAUGUGCACAUGAGUGCCGUACGACGCACGUUGCCGCCACCGCGUCCGGAGGAGGACGAAAAAAAAAAGCACCUCGAGCCCUCCUCGUCCUCGGGGCGGGAGCUGGUGGACCGCCCCCUGUUUCAAAAUUACCCACGCACCUUGCGUGAGCUCGCGCUCCGCGUGCGGCGCAUCACGGGCCCAAAGGGAGAAGACAGCAAGACGCACCUGCCGCAUCGGCCCACGCGCGAUGAGCUGCUGAGUAUGGCGCAUGGAUUCUGGACCCGCAUGCGCAUCCACUUCAAGUGGAUUACGAUCCGCGGGUUCCGGCGCUUCAACAUCGAUGAUCUGAGCGCCUUUUUCACGCUCGGUGGGCUGGGGACCGCCAUAUGGGUCAUUGUCGGCACGACGACGUUUGUGUCGGUGAUCUUUGCCGCGCUGAGCCUGCUGAACAUGCAGGAGUGGAUUGCGCUGCAGCUGGCCAAGAUCCUGUCCCGGCAGAUGGGCUUCACGAUCGUGUUCGGCAGUGCGAUCGUCCCCAAGUGGAAAGAGGGGCGCAUCAGUUUCAAGGACGUGGUGAUUACGCGGCGCGCCGAGCCGACCGAUCCCGUCAAGCUGCAUGCCGAGCACAGAGACGAUGCCGUCUCGCCGAGCAUGUCGAUGCAGCUGGGCGCCGAGCCGGCGAUCCCCGCCUACGAUACGGGCGAUCAUGUGGUGCAGCCGUUCGACGACGAGCACCAGGUCGAACGCGAUGCGAGCACCAACUUUUCCAUGUUUGAGCUGCACAUCGACUCGAUCGACGUGCAGCUGAGUCUCUCGCGCUGGUUCGAUGGACGCGGGCUCCUGCACACAAUGGAUGUGCGCGGUGUCCGCGGCAUUGUCGACCGCCGACAUGUGUUUUGGGACCCCGAUCGGCCCUACGAUCCACGCAAGGCUCGGCGCACGGCCAAGACGAACGACAUUGACUUGGACUCGUUCACCGUCGAAGACUUCCUCGUGACGCUGUACCAGCCCGGCGAUUUCCGCGCGUUCAAUGUGAGCAUCUUUCACGCCCGCAUCCCCCGUCUCCGCGCCCAGUGGCUGUUUUACGAUCUCCUGAACGCCGACUCGAUCACGGGGCAGGUCGAUGGAUGCCUGUUCAGCUUGCACAAGCCCCAGAGUGUAUACCAUACCGCCCGAGAUAUGUACCGCAAAGUGGCCGAUCAGCACACGCCGUACAUCCAGAACUGGUCGCGCUUACGUGUCGACGGCGUCAACAUUGACCAUGUCCAAAAGAUGGCCGGCCUGUCGGGCCCGCUCAUGUGGAUCUAUUCGGGCCGCUUCGACUUGGUGGCCGACAUCAAAUUCCCACGGCAGUAUGGCGAGAACGUCGACAUCAACACGAUCCUCUCCGAGAUCCGCGAUACGCUGAACGCGACCUUUGCAGGCGAGCGCGCCGCGACCCGCGACAGCGGCGACGCCCUCAUUCCCGGCCAGCCCGAGCUGAGCGGUCCUGCCAUUGUCGCGCCGGUCACCACGGUCGGCCCCCAGGCGGAACGGGCGCGACAGGAGCGCGCGGGACACGACGCAGCGGCGCGCCGCUCGCGCUCUACAUACCCUCCGCGCAGUGACGCUGCGGAUGACGACGUCGCGUCGCUAGAUCAUACCACCGACAUCCGGCCAUCGGUCGUCAUUGAGCUCGAUGUGCGCUUCAAGGACAUCAAGGCCUCGAUGCCCAUCUUCACACGCGAACUAAACUACUCGACAUACGCACUCGCUCGCCCGAUCGUCGCAUUCAUGAACGCGAACAAGACGCUCAUCCCCGUCAAGUGCCGCAUUCUCAUGGAUCUGAGCGAGUUCGACGGAUCGCUGGACCUGUCCCAAACAGGUCUGCCGCCGCUCGUCUCGCAAAAGAUCUGGGAAGCCCUCGCCCACCAUGUGGCGUCACAGCAGGCGAAUCACCAGCGCGUGCGCAACGUGAGUCUAUGGACACUCGACGCCAUCGCACACGGUCUCUUACGACUCGCGCGGCACUUGCGCGAUACCUUGACGCGUGCUACGCCGCCCGAAGUAGCCACGGCUUGA